UGUCGCCACCACUACUAACCACCACUACAUUUUUCACUACUUAAAAGAGCCGAAGAGAUCUACAAAUUUUUUGUACCAAGAGAGCAGCUAGCAGUCUUUUUUGUAUCUUAGUUGCUACAAUGGAUGGAGAGAAAUUCUCAGUCGAAGCAGGGAAACCAAUUCUAUGCAAAGCUGCGGUGGCUCGCAAACCAGGAGAGCCUCUCGUAAUAGAGGAGAUAAUCGUGGCUCCUCCGAGUCAUCAUGAAGUUCGUGUUCGAAUUAUCUGCACCUCUCUCUGUCAAAGUGAUGUCACUUUUUGGAAAUUGAAGGAUCUUCCUGCUGUUUUUCCAAGAAUACUUGGCCAUGAGGCUAUCGGAGUUGUGGAGAGUGUAGGGGAGGAUGUAGAUGAGGUCGUCGAAGGAGAUGUUGUGAUUCCUGUAUUCUUGCCAGAUUGUGGAGAUUGUGCAGACUGCAAAUCAAAAAAGAGUAACCUUUGUUCGAAACUUCCCUUCCAGGUCUCUCCUUGGAUGCCUAGAGAUAAGACCAGUAGAUUCACCAACCUAAAAGGAGAGGUUCUAUACCAUUUCCUAAAUGUAUCGAGUUUUAGUGAGUAUACUGUGGUGGACACUGCCCAUAUUGUAAAGAUUGAUCCUUCAAUCCCACCAAGUAAAGCAUGCCUACUCAGUUGUGGAGUAUCAACAGGGGUUGGAGCUGCAUGGAGAACUGCAAAUGUUGAGGCAGGGUCAACUGUUGUCAUAUUUGGGCUUGGGUCAAUCGGCUUAGCAGUUGCAGAGGGUGCCAGAAUAAGCGGCGCUACUAAGAUUAUAGGGGUGGAUGUGAAUCAAGAAAAGUUCGAAAUUGCAAAAAAAUUUGGAGUCACAGACUUUGUCAAUGUUGGAGAAUGCGGGGAUAAACCUGUGAGCCAGGUGAUCAAUGAAAUGACUGGUGGGGGAGCAGACUAUUGCUUUGAAUGUGUUGGUUUGGUGUCCUUGAUGGAGCAAGCAUAUGCUUGCUGUCGAAAGGGAUGGGGAAAGACAAUCAUCUUAGGAGUGGAAAAACCAGAGUCACGGGUCUCCCUUCCGUGUGCGGAUGUCCUUCAGAGUGGGAAAACCCUCACUGGAGCCUUGUUCGGUGGUCUCAAAGCUAAAUCUGAUAUUCCAAUUCUCCUAAAGCGUUACAUGGACAAGGAACUGGAGUUGGAUAAGUUUGUGACCCAUGAGAUCAAUUUUGAAGACAUUAACAAAGCCUUCGAUUUAUUACUUGAAGGAAAGAGUCUCCGAUGUGUAAUUUGGAUGGACAAACAAGCAAGCUACUCCAAAGGUGUUUGUAUAUCAUGAUUCUUGAAGGCUCUCAUUUAAGCGUCUGCCCUUCUAUUUGCACGAUGUUUGUGGGGUUUGAUCUUCAAACAAAUAAAGGCAGAGUCUAUUAGAAUAUCAAUAAAAGCAUAGUUUGGAUUCA